AUGUUUUCUAUCACUUCCAACGUACUCCCAAAGGUCAGAGCACCAAGAAUCAGAGCAACAAUGGAGUCUGCUAAUUCGAAUAACGAUGGCUACCAAAAUGUCUUGAUGAUGCGUCACGGUGAUCGCAUUGACCAAUUCCAGCCACUCUGGCUCGACUCAGCCCCGAGACCUUGGGAUCCUCCGCUCGUUCAGGACGGUAUGGUUCGGGCUUUUCGAGCUGGUCAACGGAUUCGAUCUCAGAUCCGUUUCCCGAUACACCGUGUCUUCGUCUCCCCCUUCAUCCGCUGUGUUCAGACCGCUUCCGAAGUUAUCGCCGCUCUCUCCGCCGUCGAUUUCGACCCUAACGCUACGUCGUCUAAAGACGUCCUUUCCAUCGAUAAAUCUACGCUCAAGGUGUCUAUUGAAUUUGGGUUAAGCGAGAUGCUGAACACAAUAGCUAUUAAACCUGAGAUUGCUCCAAAAGAUUGGAGAUUCGAUUUCAUCAUCUCAGAUCUUGAAGCUAUGUUUCCUGAUGGUAUGGUGGAUCGUAAUGUGGAUCCGGUUUACAAAGAGAUGCCACAAUGGGAAGAGACUGUGGAGGCAUGCACUGAAAGGUUUCUUAACGUGGUGAAGACUCUUGCUGAUAAGUAUCCUUCAGAGAACUUGCUUUUAGUCACUCACGGGGAAGGAGUAAGGACUACAUUUGCAAGCAUUAAAGGCGUAGAUGUGUACGAUGUAGAGUACUGUGCUUGUGCUGAACUGAGAAGACAGGUCUCUAGUCAAGACGGGUUUACUAAAGCUGGAGACUUUGAGGUGAUUACAAGUCUUGGUCAAGCUGGAAUCAAGUACCAUUCCUUAAGCACCUCUUGA